GUAUAAUAUAACUUGACAAAGACUGAUCAUCUCUUACAAAAAAAGAAAAAGAAAAAAGACAAUGACUCGAUCAUUCACGUAGAACUAUAAUUCACUAUCUUGAUGAUCUGAAACUCUUAUGCCAGACCUUAACAGCUUUGGUGCUUUUCUCGUGAAACUUAGUUUAUCUAUUUUUCUUAUAGAAUAUUUUUGGUUUAUAAAAUUUGAAGAAUUACUUUUUUAAGACAAUGCUUGACUGGUUGUCUGGUUCCACUUAAUGACUGCAUUAACCUUAACAAAAUCAACAGCAACACCUUCUCGUAAUACAAAGUUUCUCAAAUAUCCUAACAUCCUGAAGCCAUAUAACUCGCUUUGUUCAGCUCCGGAAAAACUGUCUAUUUCCACAUCAGCAGGAGACACCAUGCCACUGUUGUCGGAGAGAAAGACGACUCACUCCAGGACCACCUUCGAAAAACCUUCACCUACGAUUAAACCAGAUUCACCGGAGAAACUAGAUCUAGAUCAAGAAAAUCGCCUUCAAGAGAGAGAAAAGUUCGAGAAACGAUGCAACGAUUGUGCCCGAUUCUUCAAUAUUGUUUUGCAUGAAUUAGUAUCUAGUGUCCUCUUUACCAAUGCAGGGUUUUUGUUAGCUAUUCAGUAGCUAAUCGGUUGAUCUUUGUCUAUUUUCAUCUUUUCCAGUAUCUUUUGGCCAAUUUUUCUCUGCUGUAAAGCUUCUCUGAUUUGCCAAAAAAAAAAAAAAAAAACACUUCUGUUUUGCGAGAUCUGUAUUAUUCUCUUUUAUAGAGUGUCUCUCUAAUAAUUUAACUCUUUUGUCGUCCUCUAUUUUGUAUUUUUGAUGGAUAAUUCUUUUGAGUAUUAAAUUUUAAUUGGCAACAAACCCAAAACUAAAAUAAAAAUUAGAUAAUUUCUUCUUAAAAAUAGAAAUAAAAUGGUUAUAUAU